AUGAAUUGGUUCAAGCAGCAGUUAGCCAACGUCGUGGGCACCGAAGAACCCGAAUAUGGGCCUUCCGCCGUCCAGCCCGUGACCAAGCAGGAAGUGCCCUAUUCUAUCCUCUCCAAGGAUGAUCUGCGGUGGAAAGCCAUGGAUCACACAAAUGUCGAGACCGAAACAUUUUACUUCUAUGCCGACGAUGGGACAACUGCUAUGGCUCAGGUCAUUUACAGCAAUGUCGGUGGAAUCCAUACAACGGCCCAGUUCAAUAGCAAAAUCUUCAACUACGAAGGUCCGGGAAAACAUCUCUGGUGUUCCGACCCACUGAAGGACUACGGCUUCGACGAACCAAAGACAAGCUUCUACGCCGAAAAUGUGGCUUUAGAAAUGAACGAGGCAGGGGACACAUACACCAUCAAGUCUGCCAGAAACGACAGCUGCAUUGUCAAUUUGACGGUGAAAAGAAAUGCGCCGGGAUUUCAACUCGGCAAAGAUGGCACAACGUACUUCGGCACGGAUCAUAAAAACCCGUGGGGUUCGAUGCGACACGCCUUCUGGCCCCGGUGUACAGUAACUGGCACCAUGCAGACACCCACAAAAACCUACAAAUUGGAGGGGAAAGCCACUUACAUCUACGCUCUUCAGGGGAUGAAGCCCCAUCACUUGGCAAAUAGGUGGAACUUUGCGAACGUUCACACGAAAGACUACUCGGCCAUUCUCAUGGAAUAUACGACACCCGCCUCCUACGGCAAGACCACGGUUGGAGUGGGUGGCAUCGCCAAAGACGGCGAAUUGAUAUGCGUCGGCGAAUGUACCGCCGAACAUCUCACGUCCAUGAGAGAGACGCCUCAUGACUGGCCAGAACCAAGGACGAUAUUGUGGAAGUGGAGCGGCGAAAAAGACGGCAAAUCUGUUCAGGGUGAGGUCAAGGGCAAUCUGCCUGCCAGGUCUGAUAGGGUGGAUGUCCUGGCGCAUUUGCCUGGUUUCGUCAAGUCCUUCAUCGGUCACGCAACAGGGUUGAAGCCACACAUCUUCCAAUAUCUUUCAGAUGACCAACUCGAGCUGAAAGUCAAGGUUGGUGAUGAGGAAGAGCUCUCCGAGCCCGGCAAAGUAUUCACAGAGGCGACGUUCAUCUCGUGA